CGUGGGUGAUUUUACACACUUCCUGCUCAGGGCUUGUCAGCCACAGCAGACCCAGGCUGGGGAGACUGGAAGGAUCAGAGGUCCAGGCAGGGCCCACGGCAGGACGAUGGCCAGUGGCGGCAGCAACCUCAGCACCAGGAUGUCUACAGAAAACAAGCGUAUCUAUGACAUUGCACUCUGCCACUUCAAAAGACAGAAGGACGCAAUUUCAAAUAUAAUAAAAGUAGCAUCUCCUUUCCUUGAACUUCUCCGUGACUAUGGAUUCAUCAACAAUGAAAUGUAUGAAAUGUCUAAAGAAUCUUUUAAAACACCGGGUUCUGAAAAAGAAGUCAUAUACCAUGUUCUCGAUGAAGUGGAGAAGACAUUUAACCUGUCCCUUCUGGAAGCAUUGUUCAGCAAGGACAUCAUGGACACCUACCGUGGUUUAAAUGAUAUUUAUAAAAUCUUCAAAAAAGUGAUACCAAACAUAGAACAGUUCCUAAGAAGUGAUGGAGAAGAAAAUGAGGAGAGACCUGAUAUCCAACCGAGCCUUGAACAAGGUGAUUGCAAACAGAUCGAAACUGAUUCUCUUCUGCUAACAGAAAAGGAGAAUGGGAAAUGGGCCUGAGUCCUGAGUGGAGUUUGGGAAUCAGGGAAGACCUGUUGAGGAGCAUGGAGAAGGCAGGGAGGGCUGUUUGUAUGAAAGUCUGAGCAGGGGCUGAGCCUGGAGGAGGAGCUAUGACAAGA